AUUUUCUCGAGACUUCUACAGAUCGGAAGAGAGAGAUUAUAGGAAGAAGCGGAAGGGAAAAUCUUUGUCGAUCUUUAACAAUUAACGGCGCUACGUGUUGUUUCACAGAUGUCAUACACCAGGAGGUCAAGGUAUUCCCGUUCUCCUUCCCCUUGCAAGAGCGAUGAGAGGUCUGUCUCAAGGUCCUUGUCAAGGAGCAGAUCAAGGAGUUAUGAUUCGAGUGAUGCUGAGAAUCCGGGAAAUAAUUUGUAUGUGACUGGACUUUCAUCACGAGUGUCAAAGAGAGAGAUCGAGAAGCACUUUUCAUCUGAGGGAGUGGUGGAAGAUGUUCACCUUGUUGUUGAUCCGUGGACUCGGGAAUCUCGUGGGUUUGCAUUUGUUACCAUGUCCACUUUGAAGGAUGCUGAUCGCUGCAUCAAGUACUUGGACGGCUCAGUUCUUGAAGGCAGGGUCAUAACCGUGGAGAAGGCUAAAAGACGGAGAGGCCGUACACCUACUCCAGGAAGGUACCUUGGGCUGAGAAUUCGUGGGCGCCGAUCUCCUAGCUAUUCUUCUCGCUCUAGGAGUCGCAGCAGAUCAUAUUCUCCUUACUACAGUCGGCGGCGAAGAUCAUACUCUCCAUAUGAUAGACGUAGGUCAUACUCCCCGUAUUACAGCCGUGGAAAGUCUUAUUCACAAUAUCGGUCUCCAUCAUACAGCAGGUCUCCUGUGAGAAGACAUGACAGGUCCUAUUCUCCCUACUAUAGGGAUUAUUCUCCUGAUGACCGAUAUUACAGAAGGAGUCGCUACCGUUCUGUUUCAAGGGACUACUCUCCAGAUGAUCGAUAUUACGGAAGCAGGAGAUACCGAUCUAUUUCUCGUAGCUUAUCACCAAGGUAUAGGACUUCCAGGAGAAGUUACUCACCAAGGUAUAGGAGGACUUCCAGGAGAAGUUACUCACCAAGUCCCCCGCCAAGGCGUUCAAGGAGGAGUUACUCACGCAGUAUCUCACCAAGGUACGCUAACAGAAGCCACCAUCGAAGUGUUACACCAUCUCCGAGGAAGAGCUCUAGGAGGAGUUACUCUCGUAGCUUGUCUCCCAAACCAAGUGGCAUUUCGAAGCGAAGUGAUUCUCAUGGUUCCCGUGGAGUAAGCAAAAGCUCAAAGAGGAGUGCAUCUGGUGGAUCUCAUAAACGAGCUUACUCACGCGAUAGCCGUUCUUCAAGAAGACAUUCUAGGAGCCCUAGCGGCAGUUCAUCAUCUAGAUCUGUUACUCCCGAGUCGUCUUCACCUUAGUCUAAAGAACAUGCUCUUCAGGAUUGCCAGUUUAGGAGGGAGCCAUACUUGUGGUUUUAUAUCGUGAUCUGGUUUAGGACUAUAAUUCCUAUUUUAGGUAUUAUGUAAAGUGAUCACUAAUAUUUGCUGUGGAUUUCAUUUUCGUCUAUCGUGAAACAUAUGAUAUAUGUACUCUUUUAUCCGAAUGUUAUCUGUGUUGAUAAAUGAUGCUUGUGCUUGAUGUUGAAUUUA